UGGCACUGAACAUUGGGAAAAGCUCACGCUGCUUUGCGCUGCAGUCAUAACCCGCAUGACCGCCAAGCAGGACGCGCUUUCCUGUAAAGGUGACCUGGAAAGAACACCCGAGCGCGAUUCCUGCCACAAUAAAAAGGCUGCUGCUGUUGGGAGAGUCCUUGUAGCGAUGUUGUUUGCAGGCAAGCUCUGUGAACACGCCGGCGUUUGGCAAAGGCUGAGAGACGGCGGCCAGGAGCGCGUCCCGUCCCGGAGCAGUCCCGCCGCGGGCCGCAGGGUGGUGCUCCUGGCCAAGGCGGCGGCGAGCGGCUGCGGGCGGGGAGGCGGCCGAGCCCAACGCAGCGCAGCGCAGCGCAGCCGGGAGGCGGCGGCGAGCGGUCCUCCGCGCCGUCCUCCGCAGCAUCCGCUGGCGGUCCCGGACGGCCACGCUGCGGGCCGCCAGCCGGCCUCGGCGAGAGGGAGAGAGGGAGGCCGCGAGGGAGGGCGCCCGCCGCUUCCCGCCGCGCUGCUGCCGGGCGCCGCUUCCCGCGGAGGACUGCGGCAGACGGAGGGUGUCCGCCGCCCCGCCAUGGCGUCUGCAAGGCAAGUGCUUUGUGUGUGUGCUUUGCUGUGCGUGCCGCGCGUUCGCUGCGAGCCCAUCCGCUACUCCGUAGCCGAGGAGGGGGAGAGCGGCUCCGUGGUGGCCAACGUGGCGGAGGACGCGGGGCUGACCCCGGCGCAGCUCUCGGCUCGCAGGGCACGCAUUGCCUCACCGGCCGGCCGGCAGCACUUUCGCUUAGAGCGCGCCACCGGCCGCCUCGUCCUGGCGGAGCGGCUCGAUCGCGAGGAGAUGUGCGGCCGCUCGCUUACCUGCACGCUCGCCUUCGAGCUCCUGCUCGAAAACCCGCUGCAGUUCUUUCGGGUCGAGGUGGCCGUGGAGGACGUCAACGACCACUCGCCGGUCUUUCCCGAGGAACGAGUCACUUUUCAGAUCCCGGAAAGGGGCGACCCUGGCUCGCGAUUCCCUGUGGAGGCGGCUCAGGACCUGGACGUUGGCAGCAACAGCAUCCAGGCUUACAGCAUCGCUCCCGAGAAUGAGUACUUCAGUGUUUCUUUCGGGACUCACAGUGACGAUGACAAGUAUGUCGACUUAGUCUUAGAUCAAACACUAGACAGAGAGGAGCAGCCAGAGUUGCUUUUCAGUCUCAUUGCUACAGACGGUGGCUCUCCACCUAGGAGCGGGACCACCCAAAUUCAUAUCAUAGUUCUAGAUGUAAAUGAUAAUGCUCCUACCUUCACACAGAAGCAUUACAUUGGAUGUAUUUUAGAAAAUGCCCCAACAGGUUCUGUGAUUCUCAGCGUUGCUGCAACCGAUCCAGAUGUGGGACUGAAUGGUGACAUCUCCUACAGGUUCAGCAAUGUUCUGGGGGACAUCCAGUCCACAUUCACAAUUGACACCAAGAGUGGUGAAAUUCGAGUCGCAAAGUCCCUGGACUUCGAGGCCACACAGAAAUAUGAACUCAGUGUGCGGGCAACUGAUGGUGGGGGCCUCUCGGCACUCUGCAAGGUGUUGGUGGAGGUGGUGGAUAUGAAUGACAAUGCACCGGAGCUGGUGGUCAGUUCCUUCAGCAGCCCGGUCCCUGAGAAUGCAGAGCCUGGGACAGUGGUUGCCCUCUUUGCUGUGAGAGACCAGGAUUCUGGUGUGAAUGGGGAGAUCACCUGUGCCCUUGAAGACCAGCUCUCCUUCUCCCUAAGGCCAGCCUAUAAGAAUUACUAUGAGCUAGUGACCGUCAGUACAUUGGACCAUGAGGAGACAGCUCAGUACCUUGUAGUCAUCACGGCGGCAGACGCAGGGUCUCCUUCUCUCACCACUACCCAGACCUUCACAGUGGACAUCUCUGAUGUCAAUGACAAUGCCCCUGUUUUCAACCAGACAUCAUACACCAUGUAUGUGCAUGAGAACAAUGUCCCUGCAGUGCUUGUUGGGGCUGUCAGUGCAGUGGACUCAGACGCAGGACCCAAUGCCAAGGUAAUCUAUUCCCUGAGGCCUGUGUACCCUGCAGAGCGGGACCCCUGCUCCUGCAUCUCCGUGAACUCAGAGAACGGACAUGUGUUUGUGCUGCGUCCACUGGACUAUGAGCAGGUGAGGCAGCUUGAAGUGCUGGUGAGUGCCACCGAUGCGGGGUCCCCUCCCCUCAGCACCAACGUCACCGUCCGCCUCCUCGUGGUGGACGAGAACGGCAAUGCCCCACUGGUGUUGCACCCUGCACAGGACAGCAGCCCGCCAUCCAGUGAGCUGGUGCCAGCCUCGUCCGAGGCGGGGGACCUGGUCACCAAAGUGGUGGCCGUUGAUGCCGACUCUGGUCAGAACUCAUGGCUUUCCUUCCAACUGCUGAGGGCUACAGAUCCUGGGCUGUUUGCUGUGGGUACCCAAAAUGGGGAGGUGCGGCUGAGGAGGCCAGUGACAGAAAGGGAUGCCGUGAAGCAGAAGCUUGAAGUGCUGGUGCGUGACAAUGGGAGGCCACCACUGUCGGCCACUGCAGCACUGAGCAUACUCCUCCUCAACGGCCUCUCACAGGAACACCUGCCACAGCAGGAGGUGGCUGUGCAAGAUGAAGACAGCUCCCUGACAAUCUAUUUAAUCAUUUCACUGGUCUUUGUCUCCCUCCUCUUCCUCACAUCUGUCGCAGCCUUUGUUGCUUGCAAGGUGUGCAAGAGAAAGGAGCUGAAAGGAGGGCACGUGCUGUAUGGUACAGGCAACUUGCAGAGCAGUCUGGCUGAUGGGGCUGCUGCUGGGACCCUGCCCCACACCUAUUGCUACGAGAUCAACCUCACCACGGGCUCGGGCAACAGCGAGUUCAAGUUCCUGAAGCCCAUCCUCCCCAGCCUGCCACCACAGCACUCUGGCACAGGCAGGGGUGUUGAUGACACAGAGGAUUUCCCACCAGUCCCUAACUCCAUGGGGGAUGGAGCCCUGGACAUCUCUGGUCCACCAUCUGUUGGACACUUUAAUGGGCUUCCCUUUAAGUAGGUCUGAGUCCAUGCAGUGAAAGGCUUCAUGCCUUGGAGCUGGAAGGGAUCUGGCUAAUGAUAUUCAGUCUUGUUUCCUGGAGAUUAAAUCUGCCUUUAUAAUUGGCUUCACAUGUGACCCUCUAACACUGAGUCAGAUGUGUGGUUUUCUUCAUCCCUCUAAAAGGAUUAGAAAUAAAAAAAAAAAAAAGAGAACUAAGGCCUUUCUCCUCAUGCAAUGAUGUGUUUCAGCUCUGAUAUUGAGUUCUCCAGAGUGCUUCAUGAGUGAUCCUGACUCCCUGUGUAAAUGCUUGACAUUCGGAAAAACCUUGACAAUCACCCUUAUUGUGUGCUGAAACACAGUGUUAAGGUUGGGCAGAUAAGAGUGCAGUAUAGCCCUCCUCCCUUGUCUGCAGGGAAGAAGGCAUUAGCCCUGUGUUUCACUGCGAUGCAAGUGCUGCUCUCUUUCUUUGCUGAGUCCUGGAUCUCUCUGUGUGAGACAUGUGAGCACCAUGUGUUUUUGCACUGCAUUUUCUUCCACCUCCGUUGGCAAGAAGCAUGUUUUGUACUGAGUUCCGCCGUCUCAUCUUCUCCAGGACAUAGCAAAAAAUGUGGAGAGCCAGACUUUGCAGUGGUCCAUCUGCUUGGGAUUGACUCAAAACUAUAGCAGCACUAAAGAUUCCAGCACAGACUCUAAGUAUACAGAGCUUUGACUGUGAUCAUAUGUUUGGGUGGAUUGAAAGUUGAGUCGACACAUUGCCUCAGAGGACCUUUGUCUACAUGUAGAACCAAGAUAGACUAAAAGUAGAAUCCAGUUUGGUGUCAUUGUUUUCAUUCCUGCUUGCUGGUGUUCCUCAAUGAGAGUUGAGAGCUAUCAUGGUAUGGUUUUCCAGAUUUUUGUUAUAAUGCUUAAAUUUUCCUUUUUUCCCUUUCUCCUUUGGCUAUAUGUUUUAGAAUUGGCUUACGAAUUCCCCUUUAGAAGGACUGACACCCAACCUAUAACAAUGGGUUGUUGGAAAGAAGUUGUUAUUGGACUGGAUAUUUAAACACCCUCAUGUUAUGUUGUGCUGCAUUACACACCAUAUCAUUUUUAAGCUGGUAUACCCUUGUAUGUAAAAGUGAAAUGAAAUGAAUGCCUGAGUGCCAUUCUGGCAAUAAAAAGGAUGCUGUUGUGGA